AUGUAUAGGCAAAUCAGAUUACAUCCAGAAGAUACACAGUAUCAGAAGAUUUUAUGGCGUAGUUCACCCGAUCAACCGAUUAAAGGUUUUAAAUUGAAUAUGGUAACUUAUGGUACAGCUUCAGCACCAUUUUUAGCUAUAUGUUGUUUAAAGCAAUUAGCUGAUGAUGAAAGUAAAGAAUUUCCUCUAGGAGCUCAGGCAUUUAAAAAAGAUUUUUAUGUGGAUGAUCUAUUAACGGGAGCAUGCAAUUUUGAAGUAGCUUCAGAAUUAAGAGACGAAAUUAUUGGUUUAGCAAAGGUUGGAUGUCUCAAUUUGGGUCAAUGGAGUUCAAAUGAUUUUAAUUUAGUUAAACAUCUGACUACAAAUAUGGAUCAAAAAGCGAUUUGUUUAGAUACAAACGAUAACAAAAAAAUGUUAGGUAUUCAUUGGAAUCCAUGCUUAGAUAAUUUGUUUUAUACGAUCAAACCCUUUGCUCCAGAAGUUCGUAUAAUCAAACGCACAAUAUUGUCACAGAUUGCACAAUUCUUUGAUCCGCUUGGUUUACUCGGUCCUGUAAUUGUUAAGGCAAAAAUAAUCAUGCAAAAGUUAUGGAAAGCAAAAAUAGAAUGGGAUGAGUCAAUUCCAUAUGAAUUAAACGAGAUGUGGAUUUCUUAUCGAAAUGAGCUUCAUUUGCUAAAUAAAUUUAAUGCAAAACAUAGAGUAAUUAUUGAAAAUGCAGUUGAUUUUCAAUUACAUGGUUUUGCGGAUGCAAGUGAAACAGCUUAUGGUGCAUGUAUUUUUCUUAGGACAAGCAAUGAAGAUAAAAAGCAUUACGUGUCACUUUUGUGUGCUAAAUCACGGGUAGCACCUGUUAAAACAAUAUUUCUUCCACGACUUGAAUUAUGUGCUGCAAGUUUAUUAGUUAAAUUGUAUAAAGAAGUAAAAAGUUCUUUGGUAAAUAUCCAAUUUAACAAGUGUAGAUUUUGGUCAGAUUCUACAAUAGUUUUGCAUUGGAUAAAAUCAUCUCCAUAUGUUCUGAAAACUUUUGUAGCUAACAGAGUGAGUGACAUACAAUCAAGUACAGAUUCAGAAGAUUGGUUUUGUUAUGUUAGGCUACGGGAGCAGGCAAGUUAA